CUCUGGUAUAGGCUACUUACUUAGACAGCACACUAGGUGGCGAUAAGAUAACUCUACAAAGACAUAUCACUCACUUUAAAUUAAAAGAAGAAGAAGCGGAAGAGGAAAGAGGACAGUGAUGUAAAAUCUUUGACCAAUCCAUUCAUUUGAAAGUGAGAGAGCCCGCACGGAAGUGGUUUAAAACAAAACGAUUGCGCCUUGGGAUAUCGUUUCUGGUCGAAGCUGUUGAAAUAGUUUUUGUCCGCUACAGCAGCAAUCUUUUGAACGAUGACUGGGUCAAAUGAAUUUAAGCUCAACCAAGGUCCUGAAGACAGUAUUUCAGCUGUGAAAUUCAGUCCUAGUACGGCACAGUUUUUACUGGUCUCUUCGUGGGACUCUACUGUACGUCUGUAUGAUGUUGGGAGCAAUUCUAUGAGAAUGAAGUAUCAGCAUCUUGCCCCAGUGUUGGAUUGUGCCUUUUAUGACCCCACACAUGCCUGGAGUGGGGGCUUGGAUGCGCAGCUGAAAAUGCACGAUUUAAAUACAGAUCAAGAUACUAUUGUUGGAACACAUGAUGCACCAAUUCGCUGUGUAGAGUACUGCCCAGAGGUCAAUGUCAUGGUAACAGGCAGUUGGGACAGGUCAGUUCGACUGUGGGACCCAAGGACCCCAUGCAAUGCUGGAACCUUUACCCAACCUGAAAAGGUUUACACUCUGUCAGUUGCUGGAGAUCGACUUAUUGUGGGAACAGCUGGAAGGAGGGUGCUUGUAUGGGACCUCAGAAACAUGGGUUAUGUCCAGCAGAGAAGAGAGUCUAGUCUGAAGUAUCAGACUCGUUGCAUCCGUGCUUUUCCAAACAAACAGGGUUAUGUUUUGAGCUCAAUUGAGGGAAGGGUGGCUGUGGAGUAUCUGGAUCCCAGUCUGGAAGUGCAGAAGAAGAAAUAUGCAUUUAAAUGUCACCGUCUGAAGGAGAAUGGCAUUGAGCAGGUCUACCCUGUCAACGCUAUCUCUUUUCACAGUAUUCACAACACCUUUGCCACAGGUGGUUCUGAUGGCUUUGUGAACAUAUGGGAUCCCUUUAACAAGAAGCGUCUGUGCCAGUUCCACCGCUAUCCCACCAGCAUUGCAUCUUUGGCUUUCAGUAUUGAUGGAAGCCUCCUUGCAAUUGCUUCAUCUUAUAUGCAGGAGCAGGGUGAUAUCACACACCCAGAGGAUGCCAUUUUUAUCCGACAGGUCACAGACGCUGAGACCAAGCCAAAGUCAACUUGAAUGUCUCAUGGAUAACCAAUCUCUUGGUCACCUGUUGUCACCCAAUUUUGCCUGUUUUUCCCCUUACACUAUUUUUACUCUUUUUUUUCUGCCUCUGUCAUACUGUAGAAUAUGUUUAUUCUCUCCUCUCUUUUUAUUCCCCAUAGUUUGCCAUUUGAAAGACUACUUGUAUAUCGAUUUAGUGUUUUAUGUAUAUCUACUUAGUGUUUUGUGUACAUUUGCAGACUCCAUGCUGCUCUGGCAUCACUCUUACUUGAGUGUUUCCUGGUUUCCAACAAAUAAACAACUGAAAUAUAA